AUGGGCAAGGACCCCCGGACGAAGAUCCAGUUCCCUUUCCACGCUUGCGAUGUGCGGAUAGACAGCGACUGCUUCAUGGUGUCCCCCGAGGCCGACACCUACUAUGGAGCAAAAAUUAAGUGCCAGGAGAAAGGGGCGAUGCUGGCCCAGAUCAGAACCCAGAAGGUCCAGGACAUCCUGGCUUUCUACCUCAGCCGCUUGGAGAUGGGUAACAGGGUGACAGACACUGAUUUUGAGACUGGGAACUUCUGGAUCGGUCUCACCUACAAGACAUCCAAGGCUUCCUUCCGCUGGGACAUGGGCGAGCCAUCCUCUUUCACCAGCUUUGCUUUUGGGCAGCCGGACAACCAGGGGUUUGGGAACUGUGUGGAGAUGCAGGCGUCGGCCGCCUUCAACUGGAACGACCAGCGCUGCAAGACCCGAAACCGGUACAUCUGCCAGUUCGAUCUGGACAUGGCCAGGGAGCCCAAGCCGAGCCGGGCCAGGCUGGGCCAGAAGCGGCAGCACAGCAGCAGCCUGUACCACAGUAACUGUGACCUGGACUACGACCUCUACAGGGAUGACUUCCCGUACCGGGUCUAUGAGUACCAGAAGAUCCCCCCCCUCAUUAACCGCAUCCCGGUCAAGACCAGACGGACUCACCUGGCAGCAGGAGGCAAGAGCAGCCUGAGUCCCCAGCCCGGGACGAGGAGCAGCACCAGCUCCACGGCAGGACGGACAAAGUUGCGAGCUGAAGAGCUGCACUCCAUCAAGGGGGAGCUGAGCCAGAUCAAGGCACAGGUGGACAGUCUGCUGGAGAGCCUGGACCGCAUGGACCAGAGGAGAGAGCGUCUCACGGGGUCCAAGGAGAGUGAGAAGAAGAGGGCAGAGCCAGGGACAGAGUCGCUGUCCCCAGCAGGAGAGGGGUCCCGGGAGUCGCGGGGGAAGGAGGGGAUGGGAGCUGAUGGGCACAGUGACCUGCGCAACAUCGACAGCGCCGAGGAGAGCACAGACACUGAGGAGACGGUGAAAACCCACAUGUCGGAUCCCGAGGGGAGCCAGUAGCCGGACUGGGAUGCUGUGGCCUUCCCGUGUGGCCAGUCCUUCCCAGCUUGUGUUCAUUAUUUCUUUUGAGGCUUCCAGCCAGGCACAACGCGAGGUGCCCGCUCCUGGCACAGCCAUCCCCGGCCGCCGGC